CUUUAAUGCCACUCACUCAAGGCUACACCGUAUGGAUACAUAACUGGGCAUCAUCUGGUACAAUUACUGAUGCUGCAGCCACUGAAAAUAAUGAAAAAGGACACUGGAGUUGGACCCAUCCCGCUAUCGAUAAUCGAGGUGAAUCUGCUCGCAAGGGUUAUCAUUUGGUUAUCCCUCAGAAUAUAACAACAUAUUGGCUUGUUUUCGGAGUUGCUUCAUCUCUUGAAGAUGAUAAAUGGCGCGGCCCAUACAACAAUGAUGGCGAUAAAUGUUGGCGCUUUCAUGGUAGUGAAGAUGAUUGGAACAUAAAUGAAUGUUAA